GUCCACUGUGCCGUUUCAUUCAUGCUUUUACCUCAAUGACAACUUUACUCCAGUCAUUCCUCCUCUUUAGACCUGAAAAAAAGCUUUUAAAUCUCCUGUCAGCGCUGUUUUAACUUCGCGUCUUUUUAAUUUAGCCUCAGAUUUGUAGUUUUAGACGCGUGAGUGAAGAAAAUGGGACGUAAAGUGACAUUAGCGACGUGCUCCUUGAAUCAGUGGGCUCUGGACUUUGAAGGAAACUUAGAGAGAAUCCUGAAAAGUAUAGAAAUUGCUAAAGCUAAGGGAGCCAAAUACAGACUUGGACCUGAGCUGGAAAUAUGUGGUUACGGCUGCGCGGACCAUUACUAUGAGUCUGACACUUUGCUGCACAGUUUUGAGGUUCUACAAAAACUUUUGGAGUCUCCAGUCACUCAGGACAUCAUCUGUGACGUGGGCAUGCCCAUCAUGCAUCACAAUGUGCGCUACAACUGCAGAGUCAUCUUCCUCAACAGGAAGAUUCUUCUGAUCAGGCCAAAGAUGUCGAUGGCCAAUGUCGGAGUGCACAGAGAGCUGCGCUGGUUCUCCCCCUGGAACCAAACCAGGCAGGUUGAAGAUUAUUUUCUUCCCCGAAUGAUUCAAGAAGUAACUGGACAGGAAACUGUGCCGUUUGGUGACUGUGUGCUCUCCACUAAAGACACGUGUAUCGGCUCUGAGAUCUGUCAGGAGCUGUGGAAUCCAAACAGUCCUCACAUUAACAUGAGUCUGGAUGGAGUCGAGAUCUUCACGAAUGGUUCUGCGAGUCACCAUGAGCUGCGUAAAGCCGACCAAAGAGUCAACCUGAUCACCUCUACCACUGCCAAAUGUGGAGGGAUCUACCUGUAUGCAAACCAGAAAGGCUGUGACGGAGACCGAGUUUACUACGACGGAUGCGCAAUGAUCGGCAUCAAUGGAGACAUCGUCGCCCAGGGAGCCCAGUUCUCCCUCGACGACGUGGAGGUGAUCAUGGCCACUCUGGACCUAGAAGAUGUGCGCAGUUACAGAGGAGAGAGAUGUCACCCACACCUGGAGACCGGCCUCAGACCCUGUCACAGAGUCAAAGUGGACUUCUCUUUGUCGAGCUGUGAUGACAUUUUCCUCCCGACUCAUGAACCGAUUGACUGGAGAUACCACACAGCCGAGGAAGAAAUAAGUCUAGGGCCGGCCUGCUGGCUCUGGGACUACCUGCGAAGAAGUGGACAGGCUGGUUUCCUGUUGCCUCUGAGCGGUGGCGUGGACAGCUCCUCUACAGCGUGCAUCGUCUUCUCCAUGUGCGUGCAGGUCUGUCGGGCCAUAGACAACGGAAACUCCCAGGUUUUGUCAGAUGUGCGGAGAGUGGUGGGGGAUGACUCUUAUUCUCCGGUGGAUCCGAAGGAGCUGUGCAGUCGAGUCUUCACCACCUGCUACAUGUCCAGUGAAAACUCCUCCGCGGACACAAGGAACAGGGCUCAGGAGCUGGCCCAGCAGAUCGGCAGCACACAUCUGAACAUCAACAUAGACCUGGCAGUGAAAGGCAUUCUGGGUAUUUUCUCUGCUGUCACCGGGAUGUUUCCGAGGUUUAGAGCCAACGGAGGCAGCCACAGAGAGAACCUGGCCUUGCAAAACGUUCAGGCUCGAGUCCGGAUGAUCCUCGCUUACUUGUUCGCUCAGUUGUGUCUUUGGGCUCGUGGGAAACCUGGAGGACUUCUGGUGCUUGGAUCUGCAAAUGUAGAUGAAAGCCUGACCGGAUAUUUCACAAAGUACGAUUGCUCCAGCGCAGAUAUCAACCCGAUCGGAGGCAUCAGUAAAACAGACCUGAAGAGUUUUCUGUCAUACUGCGUGGACACGUUUCAACUCACGGCUCUCAAAGGCAUCCUGGCAGCGCCCCCUACUGCCGAACUAGAGCCACUGAAAGACGGACAAGUGUCUCAAACCGACGAGGCGGACAUGGGGAUGACGUACUCUGAGCUGUCUGUGAUCGGUCGACUGCGGAAGAUUUCAAAGUGUGGUCCUUUCAGUAUGUUUUGUAAACUUAUUCACCUGUGGAGGGACACGCUCUCACCAGCAGAGGUGGCGGAGAAGGUGAAGCGUUUCUUCAGGAUGUACUCCAUAAAUCGCCACAAAAUGACCACAGUGACUCCCUCGUACCACGCCGAGGUCUACAGCCCCGACGAUAACCGCUUCGACCUGCGCCAGUUUCUCUACAACACCCGCUGGAGCUGGCAGUUCAGAGCCAUCGACAACCAGGUGUCUCAGAUCUCUCCAAAGAAGCACGAUGAAUGAACCAAAGUCAGUGACCUGCAUUAAAGCCUUUAUUUUAAAAUUACAAUGCCAGUAACAUACAGUAUUUUACCUCUAAAUACAAAAGGACCGAUGUCUGUAGGUGAGUAGCUGUAACUGUUGGGGGAAUGUGGUUUGUCUUGAAUGUGAAACCCUCAGAGCAGGAAAACCGUUCACAUGUGACAAAUGGCAUGUGUGUUUCUACUUCCUGGAGCUGUGUACAAGAUGUUCAGUCUUUUACCUGUAAAGUAGAGAGCAGCUCGCCUGGCAUAUCUCUCUGCAUCUUUUAUACAGAUUGGUUUCAGUCUGGUCUCCACUCCCUCCAUCUCCAAGAGCGUCUUGAGUCAGAACCAAACAUGACCGUGAAACUAUCAGAUUUAUUAUUUAUUAUUCAUUGGUUACCUACGAUUUACAGAUAAAAUCAAAAUUCCUGUUCUUCAGAUUAACAGAGUUUAGGGCUUUGCUCAUUGAGCCUGCAGAAAUCCACAAACUCUGCUGUGUGUCGUGGUGUUCUACGACUCUGCAGCGUGAGAUAAAAUCGCUUAUACCUCUGUCAGCGGGAAUUCCCAAGUCUAACUGCUGUGCGUUAAUGAGCUCUAUUCACGCUUAUGUCACAAACCAGGAAGAUGUUUGGAAAGAUGUGAUGACAACUUUCAGUGGGCUCUGUUCCCAGUAGUAAGUCUGACAGAAUCUAAAAAAAGUUUAAAAUGUCCCAGUUUUCUUCAUCUACAUGUCAUUGUGGAGUUUCGUUAUGUUCGGCAAAUCAACAAUUACAACCGUACUUCAGUUUUCAUCAUUUCCUCACUGACACACAACUCCGAGCACACUGGGUACAAGCGAUUAGAAGGGAUGAGGCGCCAUUUUACCUCUGAUCACAUUUAGUCGUCAUCGCAUGUUUCCAAACGUCUUUCCUGGUUUGUGACGUAAGAGUGACUAGAGCUUAUACUGCAUAAUGCACAAGUAGUUCCGGCAACAGCCAAAUCACUGUUCUGUAUCACUGCUCUGCGGCCCUCGCCAUGACAUCACCAUAGCAACGGGUAAACCCAUGCUCAACCGCUGUGGGUGGAACGUGCACUGCAAAAAUGCUUAGCCAAAAUUUACGAUAUAAACACUUAAAUCUAUCAGAAAAUUACUUAAAAGUUGUGAAAUUAUCUGUCCAUGCUGCAAGAUAAUUAAAAUAAACUACCUCUAGACUAGAAUUAAACACUCCCAGAGCUAUUAAGUAGAUAAUGCAUCUGGAAACAAGAUGAAUAACCUGAUAUAUGUUUUAAAAUCUCAGCCAGAUCAGAGAAAUUUGCAAUGUAGUAACAAGAAUUAUUUAAAACAUUGAAAUAACUGAUAUUUUGGAAAUUUACAGACAGGGAACAAGCUUUUCACAUUUCUAAGUUAGUCAUUUCAGUUUGUAGCCGUGGUACAAGCACAUUAUACAACUUGGAACUGUGCUUUAUGCAGUUUUAACGUACGUCUUAAGCCGUGGGAUAAGCGCGUUAAAGAAUUUGGAGCCGCUAUUCGUUUAAUGCUUUCAUAAAGUAUCUAAAUAAUAUGUAUCGUAUAAAAUUCAAUAUACAUGAGCAACUACUUACUAUACUACUAAAAUGUGAAUUAUACUGGGAUAAUAACACUGACAGAUAAUAGUAAAACUCUUAAAGGUGCACUGUGUAACUUUUCUGGUGCGAUUCUGCCAUCUGCUUGUCACUAUGGAGACGUCAUUGCUUUGCCUUGAAUGCUCCACAGCUUUAAACUUAUCUUUUUUUUUUUUUUAAUCCAAUUACAUGCAUUGUUAUUGUUAAAACAUUCACGUUAAAAGUCAGAUCUCUCUUUUGUAACUUGCCUGUUUCCUUGGAGAUGGACACAUUUAAUGCUCUAGUGUGGAACAUGAAAGACAAAGCUAUAACAUCUCCAUGAAAACAACAGUAACAGUUUCAUAGUGCAUAUUUAAAUGUGAAAUAGAUAGUACUUCCUUUCAUAUAUUGUUCAGUUCAGUGAGGCAUUUCCAUACAAUGACCUAAAAUUAAACUUUCUCUGUUGGUAAGAAAAUGGGUCAAAUGUUUGUAUUUACACAGUACAUCUUCCAGUCUGCUUUAUUUGGGUUCUGUGUGUUAUUUUUAAUUGUGUACACACGUUUCUCUACCUUUUUUCAUUGUAACAAUCAAAAGAUGCCAGAAAAUUACAAUAAUACAAUGUACUUGAUCAUUUUAUCAGGGACCUUGAGUUUGUGUUUGUUUAUAAGCUGCAAAAAAUAAA